AUGGCUGCGGCAACCGCCGCCGCGGGGGCAGCCCGGACACUAUUUCCGGGGACACCCGAGGAGGCGGGGCUGAGGGGAGGGAGGAGGCCGCCACCUGCGAAGUUCCCAGGCAGGGUUCGUGUGUCAAGAAUGAAUCUUGGUGCCGGGCGCACAGACUCUUUUCGGAAGGGCGUCUACUUCAACCCCUGUACCUCUCCUGUCCCGCUAUCCACUGACCCCCGAAAACCCAGGAGAGUGGAUGGGGAGCCUCCCGCCAUCCCUCUCAGAAGCUGGCAGGGGGUUGGGAUGAAACGGAUUGGAUUUAAGCAAUGGGAGUGGGCGAGGGUUAAAGAGUGGGGGACAUCCUGGUGGAGGGUCCAGCAGGCAGUUGGAAGAGGCCACCAGAGCGCCCGGGAGAGAGAGAGAUGGGCGGUUGGCCUCGAGGUGCUGGAGUUACAGGACCUCUUCCUUCUUGGCGCUCCGCGCGCAGCUCCCCAUUGGGUCCUGAUCCCUAAGCGCCGGAAGGCUCUCCGCCUUUCCCGGGUCUGGGCGUUUGGAGUCGUUCCCUGGUGUCCCCGGGGGGGGGGCGGGGCAGAGGGCGGGCCGGGUCCCUCGGCACCGAGGAGGUCCUACGGGGGCCGGGCAGGGCCAGCGACCGCGCGGCCCCGCGCCGCGCUCCCGGCCCGCGCUCCGCCUGCGGCUUGUGCCCGGCGGGGCGCCAUGGCGGCGGCCGGGGCCGGGGCCGGGGCCGCGGCGCGGCGGUUUUUCCGCUGUAACUGCUUCUGCUCCGAGCACCUCUUCCUGCCCCGCUAUCGGCUGCACGUGCGCUACCUGGAGGAGCAGCAGCUGCGCCAAGACUACGGCCUGGUCCUUAAGAACCGUGGCUGUGUGAGUCCUGAGGACUUUGAGCAGGUGUUGGCUGAGCUUGACAAGGAGGUCCAGCGAAGGAAGCAGCUGGUUCAGCAGGCCUCAGAGAGGAAAGCCACCAUUGCCCGAUGCUACCUCCCAGUCCAGCCCCAGGUGUAUGGCUUGCAGGAGCGGUUUAUGGCCUCAGAGUUUCGAUCUGUUGUUCAGUACUGUGCGACCCCAGAUGCUAACCUUCCAGGCCUCCUCGAGCGCAUCGAGACCUUGUCAGAGGAGAAGAGGAUUUACCGGCUGCCAGUUUUCACCCUGGACUUCUGCCGGAUGCUGCUGAAGGAGCUGGAACACUUUGAGCAGUCGGACAUGCCCAAAGGGCGGCCCAACACCAUGAAUAACCACGGGGUCCUGUUGUACGAGCUGGGUCUGGACGAGCCCUUGGUGACCCCCCUCCGGGAGGAGUACUUACAGCCCCUCACUGCCCUCCUGUACCCCGAUUGUGGAGGGGGCCAGCUGGACAGCCACCGCGCCUUUGUGGUGAAGUACACCAUGGACGAGGACCGAGACCUCAGCUACCACUUCGACAAUGCCGAGGUCACCCUCAACAUCUCACUCAACAAGAACUUCUCGGAGGGCAGCCUUUACUUCGGAGACUUUCGUGAGGUGUCGAGCAAAGAAGUGCACUACCUGGAGGUGCCACACGUGCUGGGCCACGGGGUGCUGCAUCGGGGCGGGCAGUUGCACGGGGCCCUGUCCUUGGAGUCUGGAGAACGAUGGAACCUCAUUAUCUGGAUGAGGGCCUCUUCUGUCCGCAACCAGCUCUGUCCCAUGUGUGGGAGGCCGCCUGAGCUGGUGGAGGACGAGGGCUAUGGGGAUGGCUUCACCCGAGAAGAAGGAGAGCCCAAUACUGUGGACGUCUGCACCUUGACCUGAGGCCCAGCCUCCUGCCCUGUGGCCCUGUGGUCUGAAAGCUCUGCCAGGCCCUUCUGGGGCCUUCGAGAGCCAUGGUAGACUGGUCCCACGCAGGAGCCCAGACUGGGGGCCCGUCACACAGAAGCGGUCUUCGAGAUUCACUGAGGAUUGGGAAGGUGCGUGGGAAAAACUGACCUUUCAAAGUGUUCCCUUGAGGGGGCCUGCCAACAGCAGGGUACUGAGGGGAUCCCAGCUGUGAUGGAUGGCACAAUAAAACAUGACCGCUUAAUGA